AGGAGUCCGAGUUGGGCCCACCGUCAGUGUGAAGCCCUUCGACGCUUCACUCCCCUUUCGUCCUCGUCGUCGCCGUCCGCCGCCGCCGCCGCCGCCGGUGGCCGGGGAUGGCGAGCCGCGCGCCGUGCCUCCUCGCUGCUCGGGGCAUCGCCUCGUCGCCUCACCUCGCCCGGAGGUUAAAGCAAACAGAAAAUGAGAUUGUUCAAAUGUUCCGAACCCCAUCUCCUCGGAACGAGGAUGCGGUAGCAGCUCUUUCGCCAAGGUACACAAAUUCCGUUCGUGUGUUGGAUGAGAGAUUCAUUAGGAUCCUGAAAAUAUUCAAGUGGGGCCCCGAUGCUGAGAGGGCAUUGGAGGUACUCAUGCUGAGAGUUGAUCACUGGUUGGUACGAGAGGUUAUGAAAACAGAUGUUGGGGUCAAUGUGAAGAUGCAGUUUUUUAGAUGGGCUGCAAAGAAAAGGAAUUAUCAACAUGACACAUCCACUUACAUGGCCUUGAUACAUUGUUUAGAGCUAGUGGAGCAGUAUGGUGAAAUGUGGAAGAUGAUCCAAGAAAUGGUACGGAGUCCUAUUUGUGUUGUCACCCCAAUGGAGCUUUCACAGGUAAUUCGGAUGCUGGGGAAUGCCAAGAUGAUUGGCAAGGCAAUUACAAUCUUUUACCAAAUCAAGGCACGGAAGUGUCAACCAACUGCUCAGGCAUAUAAUAGCAUGAUAAUCAUGUUAAUUCAUGAGGGGCAAUAUGAGAAAGUGCAUGAACUUUACAACGAGAUGAGCAAUGAAGGCCAUUGCCACCCAGACACUGUGACUUAUAGUGCACUCAUUUCUGCUUUCUGCAAACUCGGUCGCCAGGAUUCAGCAAUUCGUCUGUUGAAUGAGAUGAAGGAGAAUGGAAUGCAGCCAACUGCUAAGAUAUAUACCAUGAUAAUAUCUUUGUUCUUCAAACUGGACAAUGUUCAUGGAGCAUUGAGUUUGUUCGAAGAGAUGAGGUACAUGUACUGCCGACCUGAUGUGUUUACUUACACCGAGUUAAUCAGGGGCCUUGGUAAAGCUGGGAGAAUUGAUGAAGCAUAUCACUUCUACCAUGAAAUGCAACGAGAAGACUGCAAGCCAGACACAGUUGUCAUGAAUAAUAUGAUAAAUUUCUUAGGCAAGGCUGGUCGUUUGGAUGAUGGUUUGAAGUUAUUUGAGGAGAUGGGAGUGUCACACUGUAUUCCAAAUGUGGUGACGUACAAUACUAUAAUAAAAGCACUUUUUGAAUCAAAAUCCCGUGUUUCCGAGGUUUUCUCAUGGUUUGAGAGAAUGAAGGGAAGUGGGAUCUCCCCUAGUCCAUUCACGUACUCCAUUCUGAUUGAUGGAUUCUGCAAAACCAACCGGAUAGAAAAGGCCAUGAUGCUACUAGAGGAGAUGGAUGAGAAGGGCUUCCCUCCAUGUCCAGCAGCAUAUUGCAGUUUGAUUGAUGCUCUUGGAAAGGCUAAACGUUACGAUCUUGCAUGUGAGCUUUUCCAGGAACUAAAAGAAAAUUGUGGUUCCUCAAGUGCUCGAGUGUAUGCAGUGAUGAUAAAACACUUGGGGAAGGCUGGCCGUCUGGAUGAUGCUAUAAAUCUUUUUGAUGAGAUGAGCAAACUUGGUUGCACUCCUAAUGUUUAUGCAUACAAUGCUCUCAUGUCUGGAUUAGCGAGAGCAUGCAUGCUCGAUGAAGCUCUUACUACAAUGAGAAAAAUGCAAGAGCAUGGAUGUCUUCCUGAUAUUAACUCAUACAAUAUCAUCUUGAAUGGACUGGCCAAAACCGGGGGGCCUCAUCGUGCAAUGGAGAUGCUUACUAACAUGAAAAAUUCUACAAUAAAACCAGAUGCUGUAUCAUAUAAUACUGUUCUUAGUGCGUUGAGCCAUGCUGGCAUGUUUGAGGAGGCAGCUGAGCUGAUGAAAGAGAUGAAUGCAUUGGGAUUUGAGUAUGAUCUUAUUACAUAUUCAUCUAUACUUGAGGCAAUUGGAAAGGUUGAUCAAGAAUAAACUGAAAAAUUCACUGAAGAACUGGAUUCUUUGCUUUUGUUCAUGUUCACAAGAAAAAAUCUUGAUCCAAGGCUUCUUUUGCAUCACAAGUUUUACUCUAGAAUUUCUUCUGGCUGAUAUACAUCAAAAGUUAUGCCUCCUUGUCUCCUUGAGUGCAAAUCUGGCAAACCAUUAUUGGAGAAAUCUUAGAAGACAGACUUAGAAGGAACUUACUCAAUUUUGGACAGUAGUAAGCUUACCAAAUCGGCAAUCUGGCACUACCAAUCCAAGAGCAACUGUGCGGAACAUUCUCAGUCCAAGUGUCCAGAUGGGGCUUUACAUAUGGAUGGCCAUUGCUUCACAAUGACGGACCUAGGAAUUUUCUAGAGCUUGUGCAGAAGCAUGCGAAAGCAAUCUACAGUGGAGCUAUCCACCGGUGGUGAGCCUCGCACAGCCUUGGAUCCACCCUGUGCUUCAUGGCAAAGUACUUCUCGCUUAUAAAACUGUCAUAUAAUUUUGGAAGUUCAAACAUUAUAACAGCAUCGAAGCUUGUUUUUCUGAGGACCAAAGUCAAGAAUCCAGAUGUGGUGGACAUGUGCUCCAUAUAUGUUGUUCUACCUUGGUCUCGAAAUAUAAGAGAACCAGAUACUUCUUCAAAAUCCCUUAUAUUUUGGAUAGAGGUAAUAAAAAUUAUGUAUAGUGGAGAUCUGAGAUCCUCAAGAGUUAAGGUUCUUGUCAUGUUGUAUGAUCUGUUUCUCGCUGGCCCCCUGUCUGUGCUCUUUUGUCAUUCUAUAGAAAGAUAUCAUUCUUGUGAAUGCUGUCGCUGUUGCACCUAUAGCUCAACUGUACAUGAUAAGGGCAUCAUGUGUAAACUAUGAUCUUUUUUAUAAAAGGUGAACUGAAUGUCAUCACAUGCAAAUGUUUAUGUAUCUUUCUCAAAACAUGAUACUAGCUGGAUCAGCUAUUUGAAUAUGAAAGUAACGUGAUAGACUUCCUGAGGAA